AUGCAACUGUACCCUCACUCACGAAAAACAAAAGAUGAUAAAAUUGUUCUGAUUAUAUCAGACGAAUUUACUGAAAUGUUACUAUCAACAGUCCAUGAUUUAAAACAAUUAUUUGCAGUCUAUGUUUAUAGUUUGACUAGGGAAACAAAUCAAGCAUGGCAGAUGAAGUAUAAGAAGAAAAUCUUCCAAGAUCAAUUUCGACGUGAUCAAAUUGAAAAUGCGCAAACGUCAUUGAGUAUAACUGAAAGAACUCAUAAAAACCUAUCAUACGACGUUGGAAAUUCUAUCUGGUUUCAAUUAUUUAUUGAUGUUUUAUUAAGAAUGAAUAUUGGAGAGGAACGGAGUGAAAGGCUUGAGUUUGUUGAAUUUUGUAAACAACAAUAUGUUGGAAAUGAAAUACAAUUGAAAAAAAUUGAUAAAUUUGAACAAACAUAUGAUCCGUCCCAAGCGCUGGAGUAUUAUAUAAAAGAACCAUUUGUCUAUCGUAUACUUAAUAAAGCUUUACGAUAA